AUGACCAAGAGUUGCAGUAAGCAGCAGCAACUUCGGAUUUCUGAAAUCUGCCUCAAGCUCCUGGAACCGGAACAUUUGUACUACUACCAGGUCACCAAGCAGGAAGCUCAAAAGAUGAGCAAACUGCGUGUGCUGUGCCUCCAUGGCUUUACAUCCAACGGUAGCGUACAUGCUCAUCAAGUUCGUGGAAUCACAAAACCCCUCUCAGCCAGCUUCGAAUUCAUCUUCCCCGACGGGCCCCACGAAGUUCCUAUAUCAGACAAGAUGAAGCAAGAAAGCCCAUCAAUGAGAACGUGGGCCGAAUACGUUUCCAUAAAUUCAAAGUCUGGACAUCGAGCCUGGUGGGUUGCCAAAGAUCCCGACUCGACCAAGAACGAGCCAGGAGGCUUCGAUGGGCUUGAGCGUAGUCUCGACUAUCUCGGGGACAUUAUCCAAAAGUCUGGGCCGGUGCACGCGAUCUGGGGAUUCAGUCAAGGGGCAUGUUUUUCCGGCAUGUUGAUGGCUCUGCUCUCGCCCCAGCAGAAGAAUCAUCCGCUGAGGAAGCGGUUACCGAAGAGUCAAGGUAUACCUAGUGCCGGCAUUUUCUUCUCGGGCUUCAAAUCCAGAUUUGCUGAGCAUGAAAGUGCGUAUGAGAAAGGGAUUGAGGUGCCGACUUUGCAUGUCGUUGGAGAGAGAGAUACAGCUGUCACGCCUGAGAAAAGCAAGACACUGGCGAGGAUCUGCAAGGAUGCGAAGGUGUUGACGCAUGCUGGUGCGCAUGAUAUCCCAAGCUCGGAAGAGGAUCGGGAGACAGUUGUUCGGUUCAUGCGUGAGAACGUUCGAGCUGCCAAGUCAGAUGGCCGGGAAAACUUAUAG